UCGACGUCAGUUGCCAGUAUCCCCUCGACUCUUUUACCUAUCGUUUGUAAUCCACGUCGAAAAAGCCACAAUGGCGAUUAGUAUCGCGACGUCGACGAAAAAAAACAUGUAGUCCGAUUCAAAGGUCAAUCAGCAAAAAAAACCAACUUCACAAUCUGCUGCAGUGACAGUGACUGUGAAUUAUUCUUCGCGAAUAUACUUUUCCACCAUUCUACAAACCCUAUUAUAGUUUUUUUAAACUCCGAAAUAAAAGUAUUGCAAUUAUAUUUGGUUUAUGUAAAGCGCCGAUCUACCUUCUAGUCUGAAAAGAUAAAAAGAAAAGAAAUGGCUCUAUGUUGAAUGGGCAUAACCUCUCGUGUAGUUGCUAAUUCUUCAUUAUUCUCAGUGAAAGUUGUUUCUCGCGUCUUUGACCUAGUUCGUUGAGUUUUUUUUAUCAAGCGCAUUUUUUCAUCGAAAACUACAAUUCAUCUGAGGCACGCAUGGGCUUGUUAUUUAAGGAGAUAAUUCAAAAUAAAAGUGUUUGCCCUGUGUGUGACGUAAAUCCGAGUAUCCAAAAUCUGCUACGGCUGCAUAUGUAGAUACAUCCGCGUGUAUGAAUAUAUAUUUACAUCUAUACAUAUAUAUUCCAUCGAAAAGUACAAAACCACAAUCGGACGUGAAUAAAUGAAUGAAAAUAGGCAAGAAACGAUGGAGAAUUUGGAGCAGCAGGAUAUAAUACGCGUUGGAUCGCGAAAAAGUGAGUUGGCCCUCAUCCAGACCAGAUUCGUAAUAAGCACACUCAAGGAUAUUUAUCCGAAAAAAAAAUUUGAAAUCGUUACCAUGAGCACCAAAGGUGACAAAAUAUUGGACAAGAGCUUACCAAAAAUCGGUGAAAAAUCACUGUUCACAGAGGAAUUGGAACUGGCAUUGGAAAAUGGUGGUGUCGAUUUCGUCGUUCAUUCGCUUAAGGAUUUGCCUACUACACUGCCCGAAGGAAUGGCACUAGGUGCUAUUUUGAAGAGGGAAGAUCCUAGGGAUGCGGUUGUCAUGUCGAAAAAAAUGAUGAACUACACACUGCAGACGUUACCCGAGGGUAGUGUAAUCGGUACGAGUUCGCUCCGAAGAUCCGCACAACUGGCCCGAAAUAUGCCGCAUUUGAAAGUUCUCAAUAUAAGAGGCAAUUUGAAUACGAGAUUGAAAAAAUUGGACGACGAGGAAGGACCUUAUUCGGGUAUCAUUUUGGCAGCUGCUGGAAUGAAACGAAUGGGCUGGCAGGAUCGGAUAAGUCAGCUUUUGGAGCCGGAAGACACGUUGUAUGCGGUUGGUCAAGGUGCUCUUGGUGUAGAAUGCCGGGAAUCCGAUUGGAGAAUAAUAUCAUUGCUGGAACCGUUGUACGACGUUGAAACAACUCUGCGAUGUGUUUGCGAACGGUCAUUCUUGAAAACUUUGGGUGGUGGCUGUUCGGCACCGGUUGCAGUUGCGACAACUCUUCUUGGAAAAGAUCUCAUUGUCACAGGUGCUGUGUGGUCCCUCGAUGGUCAGACUCUUGUCAAGGAUACUCUCAAAACUAAGCUCUAUAUACCGGACGACGAUGGAGAGCCACCCAAGAAAUGCCCGUAUCGUGAGCCACGUCUGUACUGCAGUAUAGCUCCAGGAAAAGUCAGUAGCAUGAGUCUUUUAGGGGCUGAAAAGUUGGGCAAAGACAUUGCCAAGAGUUUAAUUGUGAAGGAUGCAUUGGAAAUAAUGUCGAGAGCACGGAACGAGAUCCUCAGUACGUCGUAACUUUUAAUAACAAGCCAAUAGUGGUUCUUCAGUGGCAGAUAGUGAAGCAGAAAUUGAAAAUAAUUACGAGUUCGAUAAAUCUGUGCGACUUCCGGUCAAGUGCAAACGAAAAAAGACCCAGAUAAUAUCCUUACGAUGUUCGAUGUACAUAACAACUGUUAAUUAUCGUCAUGUCCUGUAAAUACUUGUAAAAGAAAAAAAUAUCUUGUUUUUUGUGUUGGUUCACUUGGGCGAAAAAUAUAUCUAAAAUUGGUUUCAUUCGUUCCGUUCAAUUUCACUUCCGUUAUUUUCAACGCACUCGUAAUGCGUAAAUUUGCAUGGCCGAAAACAUUAGAUUGUUUCAAUGAAAUAUCGGUCAGUCUACCGAAAGUGAUGAUUUGACGAAUCGGCACGUGCGAUUGUUGGUCAAACAGUAACAAUAGUACUCGGAUUCACAGAUUAUAUAUAUAUGCGAUGUUAAUUAUAUGAUAGCAAAGGUAUAUGGAUGUUAUUUGUAAAAUGUACAUAUACAUAAAACUGGUAUGGAGUCAAAAAUGGGGAUCUUUAAUAAAAAAACAAAAAUGAUCAA